AUGGCGAUUUGUCAUCACCAUCAACCUUCAUUCACCAUCCCUUCUUCUUUCCCAUUCACUACUAAUCUUUCAAACAAAUCCCAACUUCAUCUCCCAUCGUCUUUCCGCUGCAAUCUAUCCGUCACUACAAAUCUCGAACCCGAACCCGUUUACACCGCCGUCAAGUCCUUCGCCCCCGCCACCGUAGCCAACCUCGGCCCUGGGUUUGACUUUCUCGGUUGCGCAGUCGAUGGGAUCGGAGACUAUGUCACCCUCAAAAUCGACCCCCAAGUUCACCCUGGCGAGGUCUCAAUCACCGAAAUCACCGGAACCGGCAACUCCGCCAAUAAGCUCAGCAAAAACCCUAUCUGGAAUUGCGCUGGUAUUGCUGCCAUUUCUGUCAUGAAGAUGCUCAACAUCCGAUCCGUCGGCCUCUCUCUAUCUCUAGAAAAGGGUCUCCCCCUCGGAAGCGGUCUCGGUUCCAGCGCCGCUAGUGCCGCCGCCGCGGCAAUCGCCGUUAAUGAGAUUUUUGGUGGAAAGUUGCCUGCAUUGGAUUUAGUCCUCGCAGGGCUUGAAUCGGAAGCUAAAGUAUCCGGAUACCACGCUGAUAACAUUGCGCCGGCAAUCAUGGGUGGUUUCGUUCUCGUUCGGAGCUACGAUCCUUUAGAGCUGAUUCCGUUGCAGUUUCCGGUCGACAAAAACCUCUACUUCGUCUUGGUGAAUCCGGAAUUCGAAGCGCCGACGAAGAAGAUGAGGGCGGCGUUACCAAAAGAGAUAACAAUGUCGCACCAUGUAUGGAACAGUAGUCAAGCAGGUGCCUUGGUGGCGGCGGUGUUGCAGGGGGAUUUGAAGGGUUUUGGAAAGGCGUUGUCUUCUGAUAAGAUAGUGGAACCGAGGAGGGCGCCAUUGAUUCCGGGAAUGGAUGCUGUGAAGAAGGCUGCACUUGAGGCAGGGGCUUAUGGGUGUACGAUCAGUGGAGCAGGGCCAACUGCGGUGGCUGUUACAGAUAACGAGGAAAAAGGGAGGGAGAUUGGGGAGAAGAUGGUGGAAGCUUUCAUGGCGGAAGGGAAUUUGAAAGCUGUGGCUAUGGUGAAGCAAUUGGACAGAGUUGGUGCUAGACUUGUUAGUAGCAUUUCCAGAUAA